AUGAGCGGAAAGGGUUUUGGCAUUGACCAUGUCACAGUGCUCCACUCAGACGUUAGUGGUAAUCAAUCAUUGCAUCCAGACGUUCACUACUUCAAGGGCUUGUCUGUGUCGGUGCAUACAGCGCUGCAAGAUGUGCCUUUGGAGAUGGGGCCAACCUUUUUCUGCCCAUGUACGGGUGAGUCCUUGUUCAGAGAGGAAUGGCCAGCAAGUGCCGCUAUCAAGAUGUCUCAGGCUGAAACCUACAGAAGUUCUACCGCCAGGCACACAGAAGUGCCCACUAAGGACCAUUCUGAAGCGAAAAGACUGUCUAGCAAGCCAGCUGGCUCCUGCUUUGACAAAGCGCGGAACAGCAACAGCCUUAAGGGUUGCCUUGAAUGGCAGGGCCUCAAGAACGGCAGCGGACGAGAUCGGCCUGUCCUCAAGCUGGAGGUCGCAGCUGAAGACUUUGUCGAGCGGCGAAACUACAUCCAACUGGCGUCCGGAGCUGCCAAAAAGCAAGUGAAGGCCUUCCGAAAUGUCAUGGGCCCACCGCGAUUUGGAGCAGAUGUCCGAACCGAGUUGUGA